AUGCCGCAUAAAUCACCAACCGCACAAAUUGAGAAACCCCACCGUCGCAGCAGUCGCCCACCAUCGCUAGUCGCCCACCAUGGAUCCGGCGAAGAAGCUCGAAACAUGCGAGAUCCGAGGGAUUUCGUGGAGGGGCAGGAGCGGAUGAGUGAUGCUCGAUUAGCCUCGGGAAUCGCAAGAAGGGCUGCUCGAGCAUCAGAAACAAAGGAGGCUCGUCAGGCUUCUACGAGGCGGCCGCGAUUUCCCCAGCGUGACGGCGUGAAUCGCUUUGGUGCUUGGGAGUUGGGAUACGACCCUCAUGAGGAGGCCGCAGCGGACAGGAGUGAAGGCGGCGGUGGAUUGGUGUGGGGGGUGGGGUUGAGGGCGAGGGAGGCAGCGGAAGAAGAUGAACAGAGUUGGGUUUUGGAUUUGAGAGAGAUGAAGAUCGAGGAGCUGGACGAUCAGGAGUCCGGUCUUGGUUGUAAGGAAGAAGACGAUGGCGUUUACGAGAAGCAGAUGAUGCAGCUUCAGAUUGUUAGGGUUGACGCCAAGCGAGCCCUGGUUGGAGUUGGUGCUCGGAUUCUUUUCUACCCCACGCUUUUCUAUAAUGUGUUUCGGAACAAAAUCCAGGCUGAGUUCCGGUGGUGGGAUGAAGUUGACCAGUAUCUACUACUGGGUGCCGUCCCAUUUCCUAAGGAUGUUCCCCGACUGAAGAAGCUUGGUGUAGGUGGAGUCAUCACCCUCAAUGAACCAUACGAGACUCUGGUUCCAUCAGCCUUGUAUCGUGUGGGUUAUUUUCUACCAUACAAAUGCUCCAUUUAUGCUUGCGCUUCGAUGUAGGUUUGUUUGCAAUCAUCCUGGCUGUACUAAUGUGAACUUCCUACAAUCAUCUUGGUUUACAAUUUACUUGGGGUUUCAAGCAAUGUGAAUUUUAUGAACUAACUGCAGGAUUUCCUAUUCUGGGGGAAAGGCUGAUGCUCAGCUAGCGAUGUAAUUAUGCCAUGCAUCUAGAGCAAAGUAGUGAACGAGCUUCUGUGUGGCUUCUUGUUUGGAAGUCCUUUCAGUUUAGUUAGUAACUCGCUACGAAACCAAUUGUGUUUUCUCAUGCUUGCUUUGUGUUGUGUGUUUUUGCAGGUCCAUGGAAUUGAACAUCUAGUAAUUCCAACAAGGGAUUAUCUCUUUGCCCCUUCUUUUGCAGAUAUUAGUCUGGCAGUGGAUUUCAUUCACAGGAAUGCAUUGUGUUGCAGAACUACCUACGUUCAUUGCAAAGCUGGGCGUGGGAGGAGUACUACCAUUGUGCUCUGUUAUUUGGUAAAGUAUAAGCACAUGACGCCUGGCGCCGCCCUUGAUUACGUGAGAUCUAGAAGACCUAGAGUGUUGCUAGCUCCAACGCAGUGGGAGGCUGUUCAAGAAUACAGUAGACGCCACUCACGCCAGUUAUCUUCUACCACGUGGUCUCCAUCAGGGGACGAAGUUCUCAUUACGAAAGCAGAUCUCGAGGGAUACCAUAGUUCCUCCGAGGAUGGUGCUGCUAGUACCGGUAAGGAAUUGGCAAUUGUACCAAGAAUGAAGUCGAGGCCCAUGAUAGCCCGGUUGUCCUGCCUCUUUGCGUCCUUGAAAGUAUCGGGCGUCUCUGGGCCUGUUGCUGGGCGGAUUCCUGAGGCGCGUGCUUGCUAAAGACGCCCGGGAUACGUCAACUGCCCAUAGGUGGGGUUGUUGUAUUGUACAGAAAUAAAGCCUAUCGUGUUUAUGACCAAAGAGUUAUGAGAGAAAAAAUGGAGGUAAUUGUGUAUACUGCGAUGACAAUUGCCAUUAAAAAAAGAGGCAGCAGCUUUGCUUUGGGCUAUCGUUUCAGCAUGUUACUUGCUUGCAGAUGUGUUUGCCUCUACAGGUUUUUGGUGAAUGAUAGUGAUGUAGCUUCAUUUUUUCUAGCAGUUUGGAGGUCCUGCCAGAAAUGGUGGGGAAGUUGUAGCUUUAGUUAGUCCGAGUCUUAUUGCCAUUGUAUCGCUUUAGUUCAAUUGGGUCACUUUGUAGGAUUUCAUCAGUCUCUUGCACUUGCUGAGUUGCAGUUCUGGAAUAUGGUAGGACUGUUCUUAUAAAAGGUAAGAGGGAAGAUUCCUCUUGGGUGGUGGUGGAAUAUGCUGAGGAUUAUGCUUAACUUUUGGUUUUUGCAGGGUGACACACCAAAGCUUUGGAGUUAUUUGCGGGUAAAUUGCAAGGUGGGUCACUGAGAUUACAAAAAAUGUUCAUGUUUGGUCACUAAAAAUAUUUAAUUCUAUUCGUGGUCACUAGAAUUAACCAAACAGUUUGAGUUUGGUCACUUUUCAAUACCUACCAUCAGCCUCCGUUAACACCAUUAGUUUUUUUGCUCACGUGGGUAACAGAAUUGUCUAAUCAACUAAUUUUAACCAAAGAAAAUAAUAUAUGACCCACCACAUCGUUUAAACCAGCCACAUAAAAUACCCAACCAGACCCGACCUAACCCGACCCAGCCUCUUCUUCCUCUAGUUGACCCAUUUGAAGAAGAAAAAGAAAAUCUCUACCUCUCGAAUCAAAUCGCAAGAAAACUUUCCGAACUCUCAAAUCUCUCCACUUCACCUCCACCCUCAACUUCUCAUCCCUCAAUCCCAAGCUCUCCUCCUCGCUCUUCAUGUCCUCAAACGUACAAUUCUCCGAUUCCUCAUUCGAUCUCCGCACCCAAGGCCGCAAGAACCGCCGCUUCAUCGUCCUCAACGCCAAGCCCAUCGUCCUGGUGGCGGAGAAGCUCAGAUAGUUAAAAAAAUCACCUUCCUUCCCCAAAAACCUAGAUCGAAAACCCUCUGUUCUGCUCGGUCUUGCCUGUCGCGCCGCGCCUCCCUCAGCUGCUUAACAUUCUUCCCAAAAUCUCCAGAUUCAGUUCGCCAUCGUCUCUAUCAAAACCUAGAUCUAGAAAUCCCAACUUCUACCUCCUACUCGAAGUCCAACACACACUCGAGGAUCGUUUUCAUGUCCACAAGCAGUAGCCGGUGGUCGACCAGCCCUCCUCGUUCUUGUGCCAGAUCAGGGCAACCAUGAAAGGCGACGGUGAGCUAAUCCAGAGACGAAAAAGCAGACAAAGAAUGAGCUAGAGGAGGGCGAUCACAUAAGUGGAGAGCCCCAAAGACGUCGACUUACCCAGAGGAGCUGCCACUGCGCGACCCAUAUCCAUUUUACCUGUUUUCCAUCGAGUAUCCACAGAUCUUCUUCGGAAGCCGUCGCACCGCCAUCUUCUCCGUCAGAGCAGAGAUAAAAUCCCCAAAAUCUGUUGGAGGAUAACAAGAGACUGGUUUUGUUAUUGAUUGGUGGGUUUAUUGACGUGGGUUUGAUAGAUUUGGGUGGUUGAAUUGAUGGGUUUGAUUUAGAAGGUUUGGUCUUAUGACUUGGUGGAUUCGUGGCAGAUGACAUGGCUGGUUGAGUUUUAUUUUUUCAGAUUAAAUUUUGGUGACUCAACACUUUUGUAAGCCACAUCAGCAAAAAAUUGAUAGUGUUGACGGAGGUUGACGGAAGAUA